CACCAAACCCUCAUUGCAAAACAUCUAUCUCUCAAUUCCCAUGGAGACCCAAACAGAAACCACCAACACCGUUCGCCGGAACCAGAGAAUAAUAUUCUUCCCGUUACCAUAUCAAGGCCACAUAAACCCAAUGCUCCAACUUGCCAAUCUACUCUACUCCAAAGGCUUCAGUAUCACCAUCCUCCACACCAACUUCAACAAGCCCAAAACAUCCAACUACCCUCACUUCACUUUCAAAUUCAUCCUGGACAACGAUCCACACGACGAACGCUAUUCCAAUCUACCGUUACAUGGCAUGGGCGCUUUUAACCGCCUUUUCGUGUUCAACGAAGAUGGUGCAGAUGAAUUGCGCCAUGAACUUGAACUGUUAAUGUUAGCUUCGAAAGAAGAUGACGAACAUGUAUCGUGUUUAAUCACCGAUGCGCUUUGGCACUUCACGCAAUCAGUCGCUGACAGCCUUAACCUCCCACGGCUUGUUUUGAGGACAAGCAGCUUGUUUUGUUUUCUUGCUUAUGCUUCAUUUCCUGUUUUUGAUGAUCUUGGUUACCUUAAUCUUGCUGAUCAAACACGUCUGGACGAACAAGUGGCUGAGUUUCCUAUGUUGAAAGUGAGAGAUAUUAUAAAGUUGGGCUUUAAGAGCUCGAAAGAUUCUAUUGGAAUGAUGCUUGGUAAUAUGGUGAAACAAACGAAAGCGUCUUUGGGUAUUAUCUUUAACUCGUUUAAGGAACUCGAAGAGCCGGAGGUUGAAACUGUUAUCCGUGAUAUUCUGGCACCGAGUUUUCUGAUACCAUUUCCAAAGCAUUUCACAGCGUCAUCCAGCAGCUUACUAGACCAAGAUCGAACCGUUUUUCCAUGGUUAGACCAACAGCCGCCUAAUUCCGUUUUGUAUGUUAGUUUUGGUAGCACGACUGAAGUGGAUGAGAAAGAUUUCUUGGAAAUAGCUCAUGGGUUGGUUGAUAGCGAGCAGACGUUUUUAUGGGUGGUUCGACCUGGGUAUGUCAAGGGUCCGAUUUGGAUCGAACUGUUGGAUGAUGGGUUCGUUGGUGAAAAGGGGCGUAUUGUGAAAUGGGCUCCUCAGCAAGAAGUGCUAGCUCAUGAAGCAAUAGGUGCGUUUUGGACUCAUAGUGGAUGGAACUCGACAUUGGAAAGCGUUUGUGAAGGUGUUCCUAUGAUAAUGUCGCCUUUUAUGGGCGAUCAAGCGUUGAACGCUAGAUACAUGAGUGAUGUUUCCAAGGUAGGGGUGUAUUUGGGAAACGGGUGGGAAAGACGAGAGAUAGCGAGUGCCAUAAGGAAAGUAAUGGUGGAUGAAGAAGGAGAACACAUUAGAGAGAAUGCAAGAGAUUUGAAACAAAAGGCAGAUGAUUCUUUAGUGAAGGGUGGGUCUUCCUAUGAGUCAUUAGAGUCUCUAGUUGCUUAUAUUUCUUCCUUUUAGGUUAUUGUUUUUUUUAACGGUAGGAUUCUAUGAUUUUAGAUUCUUGUGAUUUACUGCUAUUUGUUUCCUCCACAAUUUCUGCACUAUUAUCUUUAAUUCCUUUUCUUUUUGUUGAAAGUCCAA